AUGGAGGGCAUGGGACUGACACACUGGGGUGACAUCUUGGCGGUGGUUGCAUACUUUGUCUUCGUGUUAGCAGUUGGGAUAUGGUCAAUAUGCAGGCCGUCCACGGGGAAUGUGAAGGGAUACUUUCUUGCAGGAAGAGACAUGGUAUGGUGGCCGGUUGGUGCCAGCCUGUUUGCCAGUAAUAUUGGCAGUGAACAUUUCAUUGGACUGGCCGGCGCAGGCGCUGCGUCUGGGAUAGCUAUCAGCAUGUAUGAACUUAACGCGAUCCCGAAUCUCAUCAUACUGUCGUGGAUAUUUUAUCCAAUAUAUGUUGCAGCGGGGGUAUUUACAAUGCCAGAGUAUAUGGAGAAGAGAUUCAGCAACCAGCGUCUCCGUAUAUAUCUCAGUGUUUUAGCGCUGGUGUUAUACAUCUUCACCAAAAUUGCUGUAUCAAUAUACGCCGGUGCUCUGUUCAUCGGCCUUGCUCUCGGUUGGAACAUGUAUCUGUCUAUUGCUGUGUUACUGACUGUGACAGGUGCGUACACUGUACUAGGGGGACUAACAGCAGUGAUAUACACAGAUACUCUGCAGACAGUCAUCAUGCUGGUUGGAUCUGUGUCACUUACAGUUCUAGGUUUUGAACGCAUAGGGGGGUACCAGGAGCUCGUGGGCCUCUACAUGAACGCCACACCUGCCGUGCGAGACGGAAACAGCAGCUGUGGUCAACCCAGGGACGACGCGUUCCAUUUAUUCCGUGAUCCGGUGCAAUCCGAUAAUCCUUGGCCCGGAUUAAUAGUACAGUCUUCACUGGGGGUGUUGUGGUAUUUUAGCGCAGAUCAGGUUAUGGUACAGAGGGUGUUGGCUGCCAGGAACAUUACCCACGCUAAAGGCGGCGCCAUACUGUCCUCGUACCUGAAAAUACUGCCUCUUUUCCUCAUCUUAAUACCUGGCAUGAUGUCCCGGGCACUGUUCCCUGACGAAGUAGCAUGCGUAGAUCCAGAUGAAUGUCUGAGAUACUGUGGAAACCGAAUUGGGUGCUCCAACAUUGCCUACCCAAAACUGGUGCUAACCUUGCCGCCUACCGGUAUGAAAGGGCUUCUAUUGGCUGUAAUGCUGUCCGCCAUAAUGAGUUCUUUGACGUCGGUGUUCAAUAGUGCGAGCGCCCUCUUUACCAUGGACCUGUGGAGGCGUUUACGACCUUUGGCUCAUGAGAGAGAACUUUUGAUAGUCGGAAGGGUGUUCAUUGUUGUCCUGUGCGGUGUUAGUAUAUUGUGGAUACCUCUUGUCCAGUCUUCUCAAGGAGGGACCCUCUUCAACUACAUACAGGCAGUGCAGGGAUAUCUGGGAACACCAAUCAGCGCUCUGUUUCUCUUAGCGAUAUUUUGGAAGAGGAUGACCGAAAAGGGUGCCUUUUGUGGAAUACUAUCUGGGCAUAUAUGUGGCAUUAUACGGAUGGCAAUGGAUUUCAGUCUGCCUGCCCCACAGUGCGGGGAGGAGGAGACAAGGCCCGCCAUCUUAUACAAAGUUCACUACACGUACUUUGGUAUGAUACUGAUCAUUAUUACCACCGGGGUGACAGUGAUUGUGAGCCUGGUGACACGUCCUGUCGACCAAAAAGAGCUUGCCGGCCUAACGUGGUGGACAAGAAAAGAAACGCCAGUUAAAAGACAAGUUCCGUCACCAGAUCGCCAGCAGUAUGAUACCGUUGCCUAUGAAGCCAGGGACGCUGACGAUAAUGGUGACGUAACUUUACCCGAAAUCAAGACAAGAGGAAAAAUCUCAGUAAUCCUAGUAGGUGGCGACACUAACAAAGACAGCACGGAAGACGACAGCAGUGAGCAAAGUAUAAGACAGCGCUGUCUACAUUUGAUAUGUGGAGUCCCCAAAAAUGACCACUCAGUCGAGGAACCUGUGGGCUCCGGUCCCAGCCAGAACGAACUAAAUGAGCCUAGGAAACUCAGGAUGCUGCUAAACAUCAAUGCAGGGGUUGCCUGCGUGGUGCUUGCGGUAUUGUGGAUAAUAUUCCGUUGA